CCAAGCAGCUCCUCGCAGCAGUCACUACUCUGGAGAGCCGAGGAAGGAGCAUGUGCACGUAACCCUCCGCCACCACUCCUCUCAUGCCAUCUCUGUGGAUAAUAAAGGAUAAUAAAGGAAUUUGCUGUAGUAAUAUAACGAGUUAUCAAUAAGCACCUGCCUGGUGACAUGGCCGCGGAGCGUCGUCUCUGGCUUCUGCUGUGGCUGGGGUGCAGCGGCUGCCUGUGUCUGGGGGACAAGAAGAGGCAUGAAGAAGCCGUGCUGCCCGUGGGGGACACGGUGUCCGAGCAUAUGCUUAGGCUCUAUGAUAGAUACCGAGGCGAUGGCGGAAGGGGCAGGGACCCUGCCAGGCACCCUCUGCCCUCUCACAACGGGAAUACCGUGAGGAGUUUCCGAGCCCUGACCGGGGAUGCAGACGAUAGCGGUCACCACAUUUUCAAUUUGACCUCACUCACAUCUUCAGAAAAUAUACUCUCAGCUACAUUCCAUUAUUAUCUUGGGGAUAUUCUAAACAGCAGUUUAAAAUGUCCACCCUCUCCACCAUGUCCUCAUCGGGUACAUCGAAAGCAUGAAAUAUCCAUUGGCUUCACAGCGUCCAGCUUCUUAUCACUUGAGAACCAGACAAGACUGUUGGGUCACUUCUUUAUAAACAUUUCAUCAUCCUACCAUGACAUUCCAUCUUGGCAAUGGAAGGACAUUACUCAAAUCCUGCGGGAGGCCAAGCAGAAUGGAGAGGCUGUCAUUGGGAUCAAUAUUACCACUGAUACUCCAGCUCAACAUCGGAAGCAUUUGCUAAGGCAUAAACCUUAUAUCUUAGUAUAUGCUAAUGAUUCAGCAAUUUCCGAACCCAAUAGUGUCGUUUCCAACUUGCAUGGACCACACAGUCCUAUCAUUCAUAAACCACACCAUAAAGCAGAACUUUUCGAACACAGAAGUCGACGUUCAACCGAUAUUCUUUUACCAUUACAGAACAACGAGUUACCGGGAGCUGAAUACCAAUAUAAUGAAGAUGAAGAGCGUUGGGAGGAGAAAAAGCCAUACAAAACCCUUCAUGUCAAGCCAUUGGACAAAGGAAAAUCCAAGAAGAAAUUAAGAAAAAGCGGGCGACAAAAAAGUCAGACACUCCAGUUUGAUGAACAGACCCUGAAAAAAGCAAGAAGAAAGCAAUGGAAUGAACCACGAAAUUGUGCACGCCGUUACCUUAAAGUAGACUUUGCAGACAUAGGCUGGAGUGAAUGGAUAAUUUCCCCCAAAUCCUUUGAUGCCUAUUAUUGCUCAGGUGCAUGCCAGUUCCCGAUGCCAAAGUCUUUGAAGCCAUCAAAUCAUGCCACUAUCCAGAGUAUUGUGAGAGCUGUUGGUGUGGUUCCUGGUAUCCCAGAACCCUGUUGUGUCCCGGAAAAGAUGUCUUCUCUCAGCAUCCUCUUUUUUGACGAAAACAAAAAUGUUGUCCUCAAAGUAUAUCCCAACAUGACAGUAGAGUCUUGUGCCUGCAGAUAACAUCUCAGAUCUUCACAGGCAUCCAAAGCAAUCUUCAUAUUUGCACUUUCAAAAUACCAUUCGUAAAAUAUUCACGUCUACCAGGGACAGCAAUGCAGAAGAAUCUAAACACUGGUGAUGGACCUCUGGACCUCUGCUACAUGCAAGUCAUACUGGACAGAUCAGUGCCCAUAGUGUAAACUAGCAUGUAGAACAUGAAGAUAAGCUCCUGUCUAAUAUAAGCUCUGCAGAAAGUAGGAGUUCUUAUGACUUUUCCAAAGACGCAUUUAUUUUUUUACCGGAAAAAAAAACUAACUCAAACCGACGAAGCUGUAAAGUGCCUUCAGACUCUUGAGUGUUCAACUUGGCUAUGAUGUUCUUCUCAUAUAGAAAUAUAUAUACACAGUCCAUACAUUUCUGUGUCUGUUACACAUAUCUGUUGCCAUAGAACGAACAGUAAGUGACAGAGUUGCCUCUUAGAAACUCUGAUGGAGUAUGAAGCGUUCUUCACUGCAUGAUAGCAAGUGUAAAUAAUUUGAGGACAUACAUUAUUGGACGUGGUUCUUAACAAGUUUGUGUAACAUAAUUGGAAACGUUGAUUUUUAUUUCAAUUUUUUGUUAACCAGCACUUUUUUAAUAGUGUAAACAAAUGGUAUAAUGGACAUGAUGAAAAAAGUGUAAAAUAAACCAUAUUUAAUUUUGUUAUACUGUAUCACAAAAAAUAAAUCUGCCUGCUGCUUCUGUCCAAGAACGCAGAAUGUAUUUCCAUA